AUGACCGUCGCAGAAGUUUCAUCGGUACCGCUCUCGUCCUCGGACGGCAAUAAGUUGGAAGUGUCGACGGCAGAAUUUCUGGCAGAGGUAGUGGAAUCCACAGUGGGUGCUGCUGUGGCUACUGUUAAUGUGGAAUACCCACUUGUCUCCACCAUUGAUUCGGCAGCUGCCGAUCUGUUUGGAGGAGAAUUGGGAGACUAUGAAUUGAAUGAGAUUCCUUCUCUGUUCAAUUUGGAUUCCCAACAAAUGAGGGUCGAUUUGGAGAAUCUUGGAUUGGCAGCAGCAGCCGCUGCUUCGGCACCUUGCGAUGCCGAGAUACCCUUUAUUGGUCACGACGACAACAGCAACAAUAAUAAUACUGACUCGGCUCCAUUCAAGCCACAGGAAAUUGCUGCUGUUGCGACCACUUCCAAUACGGCCGUUGUUACAUCGGAUACCAUGGCCAAGAAACGAUCCGCCGCAGAGAUUUCCGAAGAUGAAGAUUCUACCUCCUCCUCCUCCUCUUCAUCAUCUUCCACUUCAUCAUCUUCCAAGACUGCCAAGAAACAGACCACUCGAAGGCAAACUCGGAGUGUUGCCACUACUGGUAACACACCGAUCAUUCCCAUGCCGGCGCCAUCGGCUCCGACAACAACCACUGCAGGAGGAAAAUUAUUGGCUCCGAAACCGGAAACAGCUCCUCGAAGGGUGAGUGGCAGUACCGCGCCUACUAGUACCACUACUAGAGCUGGUUCCAAUGGAUCCAUCUCUGUGCAUGGUGGUCGCAGAAUUGAUACCUCCACGGCACAUAUCAAGGCACUGACGGGAUCCAAGGGCGCGGCCAUGUGCUUUGAGUCAGUUUCGGGAACCGAUCUGGAUACCACUGUGGCCAUUCCCAAUUUGGCAGCUGCCGAUUCAUUGACGCCCGAAGAAAAGGCUCGGUUCAGUCGCGACCGCAAUCGAUUGCAUGCCAAGAAUACACGCAUCCGAAAAAAGGCAUAUGUGGAUGAACUCAAGAGAACCCUGGAUGUUUUGGUCAAGGAACGAGAUUUGGCCGUGGCAGCCAAGAAUCGCAAGGCACAGAUUGAAUCGGAAGAGCGAGAUGUUCGAUUCAGUGUAGUGCAGGAGUUUUUGCGUCUACGAGGACAAAAUGAGCAGGUGCCAGCUCGCUGGAGUGCCAUUCUGGAGGAUGGAGCCACCCUGUGUGCGCCCAACAUGGAAUGGAAAAAUAUUUCAACAGCAUCUGCCACUUCUACUACCAGUGGCAGCAGCAAGGGACGAGGAAAUGGUGUUCCGACAAAAAAGAUGAUGACAGGUGUCACCGCACUCAUGAAAGAAUGCAAUGAAUUCAACAAGCAGUUGAAGAAGGGGUCCAAGCGAACUGCAGUGGGAUCUCUCACCUAUCAAUGCGACAGAUCCAGCCUCCUCAUGGAGGGGGCCAAUGUCAUUCUGGAUUGGACUGCCAGUUCAGUAGAUUCAAACAAGUCGCUGAGCAUGCGAGGAACUUGCCGAGCAAGCUUCAACCCCCAAUCCAACAAGCUCCAUGCGGUUGAAUUGUUCUUUGACAGCACACCUCUCUUUGCAAAGAACACUUAA